GUUGUGGCUCUAGCAGCGUUGGGUCGCGGCGUCGCUGUGCGGCCGCUCAGAUCGGCGGAAAAGCCAGCAGCUCGUAUCCCAAUGCCCCCCAACCCGCCCAAUAGGCCCCGCUCGGCGGUGCUCGCCCGACUGGGGCCGGUGCUGCAAUGUCAACGGCGUCUGCGGCGUGAACCCGGCCGACUGCUAUGUCGAGCGUGGAUGCCAGCCCGCCUUCGGAAUCUGCGCCUCCAACUCCAACUCCACCACCACCUCGUCGGCCACCUCUACCACCUCCUCUACCAAGACAACUUCAUCCUCCUCCACCACCAGGACGACUUCAUCCUCUUCCAUUACUAAGACGUCUUCAACGUCCACGACACCAUCGAGCACUCACGGGACCACCACUGCCCCUAGCACUGAAAUCCCAGGCGUAUCCAACUUGCCUGCGUGUGGCCAGACCUGCUUCAAUAACAUGCUCGCGCAGUAUUCGGCGCUGGGUUGUUCCAGCCCCCAGGACUCCUACUGCCUAUGCAACAACGCCGAUUUCAGCAACGGCAUCCGCGACUGUUCCAACGGCGCCUGCGGAACCAGCGUUAGCAGCACCGUGAUAUCUUUCGGCAGUGCGUAUUGCUCCACCGCCUUCGCCACGCACACGGCCACGACCACCGGUCUGGCUGCUCUACCCUCCUGUGGGCAGACCUGCUUCAACAACAUGGUGGCCCAGUACACCGCCCUAGGCUGCUCUAGUCCUUCUGAUUCCUAUUGCCUGUGCGGCAACGCCGACUUCAGCAACGGUCUGCGUGACUGCUCCAACGGAGCGUGCGGCACCGUUGUGGGUAGCAGCGCGAUUGCGUAUGUGAGCGCGUACUGCUCUGCCGCAUCGGCUACCCACACGACCACGGCCACGGGCGUGGCUGCUCUGCCUUCUUAUGGCCAGACCUGCUUCAACAACAUGGUAGCGCAGUACUCCGCUCUAGGAUGCGCCAGUCCCCAGCCCUCGUGUCUCUGCAAGAAUGUCAACUUUGGAUACGGCCUGAGGGAUUGCGCCAACGGUGCUUGCGGCACAGCUGUGGCCUCGACAAUCAUUUCUUAUGGAAGCUCAUACUGCGCGUCUGCAACAGCAACAGUCAAGGGUUGAGUGAAGGGGAUAACUCAAGUAAGGGAGGGAGAAAUAUCGAAAGUACAAGGAUUUAGUGUAUACGGCGUACAUGUAGGACUGUGCGAGGACGCAAGUCUGCCGGAGCGCCAUA